AUGGCCAAACAGCCACCGGCAGAAGACGUGAUAGAAUACAAGACGGUGGAAUUCGUAACGAAUCUGCAUGCAGACAUGGCUCAUGCUGAGAAGAACAUCUAUCUUGAGCUUACCGACGAAGGGGACGCCGCCUGGGACCUCCUCACCGAAACAUACGCAACCUCCGCCAUUGCGCCCUCCCUCGCGCAGCGCCUAAAUGAACCCACCUCGCCAUCCCCAAAUGAGCCGGACCGCUACCUAGUCGGCCUCUCCGUCUUCCACCAACUCCACUGCCUCUCACGCAUUCGUCGCUUGCUACACCCAGACCGCUACCCCCGCUCCUACUUCAACCUCUCGGCAGCCGAGACGGCCGUACAUGAUGCCCAUUGCGUUGAUCUGAUACGUCAAACGCUCAUGUGCCACGCGGAUAUCAGCCCGGUGACGUGGGAGUGGAACGAGCGGAUGGGAAUGGCGCUGCCGAGCGCGAAGACGAUGCAUGUGUGUAGACGGUGGGAGCCGAUUUGGGAGUGGGCGGUGGAGCACAGAGCGGUGGGGAUGUAGGAGGUAGUGGUCAAGGCUGGAAUCCAGGAGAUUUCCAGGAGGUGGCAGUUUGAGGAGCUGUAUUGAGAUUGGGUUGAAGGGUACUGGGGACCAGCUAUGAGACUGGUAUGCGACGUGUAGGAUCAGCACUGCUAGACGAUGGCCAGCAAACAUUGAGCCGCGACUGACGAAUCCAGCAUAACGCCUCCAUGUUUAGCCUUGCUACCAUAGGUCUCAACGUGUGAGUGGAACGCUAUAAUUAUUGUCAUGUUUACACGUCUUCAGGUAGUAGGAGUCAGAAAAUGUCUCGGUGCAGUCUUGCAGUACGUGACUAAGCUAGGACCGCUCACCAAAC